UUGGCCUAAACCCUUCGUCAAUCCAACGGAAAUUAAUCAACAUCUUGCCCUUCUAUCGGAUAUCGGCCGUCUGAAUUAGGUUUUAAUUUCACCCGUCCGAUCAAUCCCAUAAUCAUCCACCCGUCGGAUUUUCAUAUAAUUAAAUUUGAAAUAAUCUCGGAGGGAGAGAAGUGAAGGAAAAAAGGGAAAAGAUACUCAAAAGCGUCUCUCAAAUCUCUCUGCGAGUCCGUACCAGUCGAAUUCCUUCGAUUCCGAUCAGCUGCCGGAGUCAGAUUGCAGUCACAAGGACACUGUAUUGUUCAUCAUUCAUUCUAUCGCUCUACAAAAAGUUUUUUAGCUAAAAUCUGAACCUGCUAGUCGCUAUUCUUAUCGUUGAGCCUUUCGUUGACGAGUCGAAUUUUUGUAAAACUGGAUAGGCGUUUUUCUGAAGGCCAUCGUUUGUGCUUCAUAGGAUCAAUGGAACAAGGCGAAACUAUUUCCGAUUUUACCCCAAAGAAAUUGGCGAGGCAGUUAGAUUUCACGGCAGCUUGCCGAGCGUCGGCGAAUCCGAUGCUGACGGAGAAAUCGAAAUUGCAAUCGAAGAUCUCAAUUUUGGAGUCACCGCAGCUGCAGUUGAGUUUAGGCUUGCCCUUGGCAAUGCAGCAGCCACAGUUCCCACAGGUGCAGCCGCUGCCACAAAGGCAUUCUCCUUUGAAAAUACAGUUACAGUCGCAGUCCCCGUUGCAGGUGCAUUCUCCAAUUCACUCAAUGGCGAAGCUUCAAGUGCGGCCGCAGCAGUCACAGAUUGCUCAUCGCGUGCCUCACCCCGUGCAUAAGCUCGUGCCGGCAUUUCAGGCCGUGAAGCAAGAAUCUCCUAGACAACCGCGUGGUAACAUUGACGGAAAAGAUGGUACGCCUAAGAAACCAAAGCAAUGUAAUUGUAAAAAUUCACGGUGCUUGAAACUGUACUGCGAGUGCUUUGCUACUGGAAUUUAUUGUGAUAACUGCAAUUGCAUAAGCUGUCUAAAUAAUGUGGAUAAUGAGAGCGCAAGGCAAGAAGCUGUUGGAGCAGUCUUAGAGCGCAAUCCAAAUGCUUUCAGACCAAAAAUUGCAAACAGUCCACAUGGAUCUCGAGAUGCUAGGGAAGAAGCUGGGGAAGUUCAAUUGGUGGGAAAGCACAAUAAAGGAUGUCACUGCAAGAAAUCUGGUUGUCUCAAGAAGUAUUGUGAGUGCUUCCAAGCUAAUAUUCUUUGCUCUGAAAAUUGUAAAUGCAUGGAUUGCAAGAACCUUGAAGGAAGUGAAGAAAGACAGUCUCUAUUUUGUGGAGAUCCCAAUGCCAUGACCAACAUGCAACAGGCUGCCAAUGCAGCUAUCAGUGGGGCCAUUGGGUCAUCCGGCUAUGGCAAUUCUGUUGUAUCCAAGAAAAGAAGAGGCGAGGAAAUGUUAACCAUGGCAUCCAAAGAUCUAUUAAAUCAUACCACUCUACAAUUUCAACAGGAAACUUUUCAAAAAAGUCCCAAAGCCUCCUCUUCCAUUAUCUCUGCCCCUGUUUCUCAAAGGACUAAUGCAUCAGUUUCAAGAUCCUCAAAGCCCACAUACAGAUCUCCACUGGCGGGCAUCCUUCAACCUCAGGACAUGAAUGAGCUAUGCUCAGUCUUGGUCAUAGUUUCAGAAGAAGCUAGAAAGGCACUUUCAGAAAAAAGAGGAAAAAUGGAUGAGAAAACUGAGGGACAACAGAAUACCCGUACCUUUUCUGCUUCCCCUAUUCAAGAGAGUGAAGAUGGUUUGGAAGGACAUGGUGUUCACAAAACUUUGCCAGAGAACCGUUUGAGUGGGGACCAAGCAGCUAGAGAUAAAUGCAGCAAUGGCGGUGCAGAUGAAGGUGAUUUGCAAAAUAAAAGGCCAAUGUCCCCUGGAACACUAGCACUUAUGUGUGAUGAACCUGAUACAAUCUUUACAAGAGCGGCGUCACCAACUACGGUAGCAGAACAUUGUCAAAAUAAGACUCAGAAGUUAUAUAAUGGGCAUGAGAGCUCGGAGGUCUACGUAGAGCAGGAAAGGCUCAUCCUAACCAGGUUCCGGGAUGUUCUCCAUCGACUGAUUACUUUUGGGAGCAUAAAAGAUUGGUCCUUAUGCAUUCAUAUGGCAGAAACGUGUUCUCCAGUCUCCCAAAAAGGAUCGGGGAGCCAGCAAGAACCUAUGGGGAGAAGCACUAUAAAAGCCGAAACUGUAGCAGAAAAUCACAAGGAGGCUUGCAGCUAUGGCUUUGCAACAUCCCCUUCUGUUGCGACUGCUGAAAAUGUGUGAGACAGUCAUUCUUAUCACUUCCGCCUUUAAUAAUGAUAUUCCUACGGAAGUUCCAAAACCUGUUUGUUCCCACAGGGGAGAUUAGAAUUUAGAACCAAUACGAAGAGUGGCAGUUGGGGCGAAAACUGAUAGGGUGGUGUCGACAUAUAUGUGGCUUGUGAUUCAUCCCCUCUUCUUGACGGGGCUUCGAGCUAGAGCCCUAAAUACCGAGAAAUUCAAUGAAAUAAUACUAGCCUAAAUCUCAUGAUACAUAUUUAUAGAAGUGUUCUUUGGAUUUCACGAUGCUUUGCCGUUGUAGAGUUAUGUCGUGUGUAUGGCCUAUAUGUUUGGCGAGUUAAAACCAGUUACUCUAAUUCAGCAGGAUCUGCUCUUAAACAUGUUUUUUUCCACACAUGAUCAUGCUCCUUUUGAGAACAUCAAUGAAAUGGAAAGAAAUGUAAAAGCUUUGGAACCUUCCUGAAUUGGUUUUUAGCACCAGAUGUACUAUCAGUGCAUUGGUUUUUAGCUGUUGAAGGAACCUUCCUGUCUCAGGUAAAUAAAGUCGCCUUCUGGGAAAAAAUCUGGACUUGGAAGAAGCCAAGUUACAUAUAUAGAACAGAAGAUCUAUGGUGCUCUGCUUCUUAAUAGCUUGUCAAUGCUGUCAUUGAUAAUAGUAUGACUUUCUUGCAAGAUUUGUAGCAGUAGCAAUGAGUGUAACAUAAAGCCAGGCUGUUCAAGAAGAAAAUGACCUUUGAUAGGGGUGAACUUGGCAGCAUAGCCAUAUUUAACAUUUGAUUGCACUGAAUCAGAGGGGGGAAGCACGCAGUUUUGGAGGGAUUAUGCAGUUAAGUCUCCUUUUGAAAGCCUAAACAGGACUUACAAGAACCCAAAUUAGAAAUGUACGAAGCAAGAACGCAACACUGAUGAUGGUAACUUCGUUGCAACUUCCUAUCCUUUUUUUUAAAA